GUUUAUUCAUCGGGAGCUUUUUAUGGAGAGAUUGAGGCUCAUGCUUGGUUUUGAUGUUGUGGAUCGUGAAUGAUAUUCAUGUGCGGGCCUAGGGGCUUUCCUGAAGAAAUGGGACAUUGAAUUAGUCAUGGCUUAAGUGAACGUAGUUAUCAAGUUGAGUAUUGAUAAAAAUUUGAAAGCUUUAUAUAUUAUGUUUCUUCCGAUGAAGAACUCCAAACCUUCCAAAUCUUUUUAACAUCUUGAAACAUGCACUUUCCACCUCCAAUUUACAAGGGCUUACUUCCUCUAAGACUCUGUUCUCCUAAAUUCCUUAAAGAGGCUUUUCGAAACGACGCAGGAGGGACACAGCUGCUGAUGUUGUCUACCCGUUUGAUCCUACGUACCACGAUAAUUUAGUACGAGCUGCACUUCGAGGCUCUCGGCCUUGUUCAUGAAGGACGCGGCACGAAAUUUUCUUGCAGCAGAUUAUUGGGGUCGAAUGGAGAGUCUUAUAAAUAUAUCGGAACGGCAUGAGGUCGAGUGGCCUAUUUCUAUUUCUAUUUCUUUUCUCGGUUCCUUGGAUCAGUUAUUUCGAGUAUAAUUUUCAUCCUUUGCGAUAUUUCUCGAUAACUAUUCGAUAAAAAUGUUGUCUUGCUAUUGGAAUCUACUUUUGUUCCUGGCCUGUCUUGGAGCCGUCACAGCUUCUUAUAGCAGUGAUGCUAGUAUUACCCAUGGUCAGCGAGAUUUUCUCUUUCGGGCAGACAACAAGCUUGGGAGCUAUUACUGUCCGUUCUGAGGAGCAGAAACGAGGCUUGCCUAAUUUCAAACCAAAUUUUGAGUGUUCUCAUCACUACGCUAAUUGUGAGUUAUUUCCUUCUAAUCUUGCUUCUUGGUUCAGUCAAAGGAGCUCUUCAGUACUUAUCGGAUUCACGAACGCCAAAGCGAUACUCAUCGCUUUUUUUACCAUGAAACAAGUUACUAACGAAGCAUAGAUGAUUCCAUACUUCGAGGAGCACAUUCGAGGUUUGCAACUACGUCGAUGAGAUAUAGACUACCUGCAGUUAUUCUAGAAGAUAUUGAGCUCCAUGUUAGAAAUAUCAUGUGUUCAGAGUCCACCAUUAUGAUCGACUUUCCUUCUUCAAAUUUAUUGACUGAGGCAGAGAUGGCAUGGAAAGACCUGUCACAGUUCCUGGUUAUCUCUUCACAUGCUGGCUGUAACGGCGAGGGUGCUCGAGCUCCGUAUCUGUAAGGAACCCGUCAUCAUGAGGAUGUUUUCGUUCUUACUGAUAAAUGCAAUAGAGUAUUGAACGUUGAUUAUAUUUCCAAGUUCCAUUCUGCGGUCUUAUCUGCCAAACGCAUUGAAUGGAGCAAUACCUAUGAUAAGAUGGAAGUGAAAUUCGGCAUGGGUCUUUAUGAAAGCAGUUCGCUCCGCGUACAUGGUGAUUUGAGCAAACGAACAACCACAAUAGUCUCAGUGACAUCUUCUGAAACUGUCUCUUUUUCAUCAACUUCCUCCGCAACACCAACUGCAAGUACAUCAGUCCAUGAUAUUAGCUAUUCGGUACCUGCGGAUUUUGAUCUCGGGAAUUUCUCCGUUGCGUAUGUACCGACUCCAUAGCCAAACUGUAGAAUCAUCGUGGCUAAUGGCCAUCGACAGAACUGCGGGAGCAAAUGAAACCUCAUCAAUUAAAUGUGCCAAAUGUUCCAUCGAAAGCUCGAUUGAAUUGACGCAAGGCGUUUUCACCAUUAGUGACUCCUCACUUGAUAUCGAGAAAGCAACCAACUUCCUUGAAUAUGGUUACUUUGACGCGGUAGUCAAUGGAUUAGGCGCUCAUAUCGAGAUUGACGCUGCAAUUUCUGGAACUUUUAGCGAAAUCUUUCAAUAUGAGUCUUGUCACUUUGACGCUACCGGGUUUUCAGGUAUGUAAAUGCACUUACCUGACAUUUCCCCAACGGGUUUCUUAAUGAGACAAAUGCGAAACGAACGACCUGACGUAAUCCUAGAUCCCUGAAAUUGCCGCCAUAGGUCCGAUGUGGAUUCCUACCAUCCGCGGCGCCAUCAACGUCUCCACAAACUUAGAAUUCACCUACGGCUUUGAAGUCGCCGUCCCAGACGACUCCUCUAUACGACUCAACAUCGGAAACCUCAGCGACUUCCACCUCCCACGGUUUCAACAACACAUCCAUCUCCACACUCCCCCUAACAGCAACCGAUUCCUCCCUAGCCCUAACUCUCUCCCUCACCCUCCACUCCGAAAUCCUCCUCAGCGUCGAUAUCCUCUCAGGAAGAGGCAUUCUAGCCGCAGGAGCCUUCCUCGAUCUCCCCGCCCUCUCAGUAUCCAUCACUGAACUCUCAUCCGUAGACAAAAACUGCAAUCCCGCACAAAACACCUCUCUCAGCCCCUCCCAGAACCUCAACUCCAAAGAUAUUUUCCCCUCGCUCAUAAACAUCGUCCCCAAAGCCGAAAUAGCACUGGGUCUCGAGACCAGCGCUCAGUUAGCAGUCCCCGAAAUUAAUUUCGUGGAAAAUGUAGGAACGACGGCUACGCUUGCUGGAACGGCAUUGCUGCUUCCGACUGCGUGUUGAGUUUCGAUAGUAAGAUGAAGGCCUUUGUUAGUCCGACGGCUAUGGGUACAGUUACGACAGGAAGUUCGUCGGCUGAUUCGAAAAAAUCGGCUAGUGCUGGAGUUCAACUUUCCGCGCCUUUGGCGUUGGCCGGAAAUAUCGGCUCGUUGUAUUGGACUGUGGGGAUGAUGGUGGGUGUGAUUUUUGUAGCGCUUGGUUUGUGACGAAUGAGUUAAUGAAUUUUCAUGGAUUUUGGUGGUGGGAUUCCAGCUUUUCUUUUGAUUUAAAGGUCGAUUGAUAUGGUGGAUUCAUGUUUUUCUAUCUUCCUUAUUUUUAUCAUAUUUUCAUUUUUUUCUCUUCCAUUUUGUAUUGGUAGAGGCUGUUUUGGUCAAUAAUAAUCAACGUUACUUUAUGACACCCAUUCAAUGGACUGCUGCCAUACUCAACAAACAUAGAUUAUGCAGUUGUGGUAUCUGGUGGAAAUCUGCCAUACCGAUAUUCUGUACAUAAAUAAAUUAAAUCUCGUCAUCUCGCGCUGAAAGAAGCAAAUCCGCCUCUGCCAUCAACCACGACUUGAGUGUACCUGCAAUUUUGCCUUCAAGGCCUUGUUGGUAUAUCGACAAUCUCGAAUAUCAUCGAAGGUACAAAUCUCGAAAAAUUAUCCGC